AAUACUAAUUCUUGAACCAAAAGACCGCGAUGGGCACGUUUAUAAGGAGUCUCGGGAAUAACUUCCAAAACCACAGACCUCGGCAUAUAUCCAUCUUCCCCACAUUGACGCCACCUCCCCACGCCCUCUGCCCGACAGCCGGACGAGGUCUACUAAAAAGGUCUAUUUUGCGUUAAAGGGCGCGCGACGGGCAAGGAUCUCUCGACCCCUCAUUCUCUCCUCCAAAUCUGCUGGUUUUUCUUCCUCGUCCAUUCUUCGUCUUUCCUUCUGUCUUCAUUCAAAUGUCCUUCUCGAUAUCAAAUAAUUUCAAAAUGGCACCCCCGUCAGCAAUCCACACGCAUGAGACCGCCGGCACAGGCGCCUCAGUCCCAACAAACUCCAACGGUGGCCCAGGAACAGCAACCCACGAGCCCGGCCUGACGAAAGCGCAAGCCGAGAAAGCCGAGAUCGAGAUGCCCAAGUUCCCAGCGCCGAAGAAGUUCGAAGACAAGUAUCAGGAGAGGGAAUAUCAGAAGGGCCGGUUGGUGCUUGCGUUUAGGAUUUUUGCGAAGCUGGGGUUCGAUGAGGGUGUUGCGGGACAUAUUACUUUAAGGGACCCGGUUGAACCAACGAGCUUUUGGGUUAAUCCCUUUGGUGUCGCGUGGCCACUUUUGAAGGCUUCGGAUCUUAUUCGAGUUAAUGCCCAAGGCAAAGUGGUUGACGGAGGACCCUGCCGUUUGCUGAAUGCUGCAGCAUACAUGAUCCACCACGCCGUUCAUACAGCUCGCCCCGAAAUAAACUGCGUUGCGCAUUCGCAUUCCCUAUACGGACGAGCGUUCUGCUCUCUCGGUCGAAACCUCGAUAUCAUUACACAAGAUUCCUGCGCUUUCUAUAACGAUAUCGCUCUAUACUCUUCUUUCAAAGGCAUAGUUCUAGACGAAGAAGAGGGAAUCGCCAUUGCGGCAGCUCUUGGGAAUAAGAAAGCUGCUCUUCUACAAAAUCAUGGUCUGUUGACGUGUGGGAGGUCGAUUGAGAGCACAAUUUUUUGGUUUAUGAGUCUGGAGAAAUGUUGUCAUGCUCAACUUUUGGCUGAUGCAGCUGCCGGCGGAAGAGGUUGCGAAACUGUCAAGAUUGAUGAGAAGGAUGCCGAGUAUACUUAUCAGACUGUGGGCACUGAAGGAGCGGGGUGGUUCAGCGCGCGGCCGACUUUUGAUAUCAUGGAGCAUGAGUCCGGGUUGGACUAUAAGUGGUAAAUGGAGAUCUCUGGUGUGAGAUAUUGAUAUUGUAAGGAGACCCUGACAAUAAGACAAUCGUUUAAAGUCAUUUUAGUAACCUAGUAGUUUCUUGGUAGCCUCUUCAUAGGAGUCGGGCUCGACAGUGGAACUUCGAGGUUUUAAGCCGAUGAAAACUAUUUAGCUUUGUUCUUACCCGUCAUCUCAACCAACACUAGAUCAAUAUCGCCCGAUACCUUGUUAUGUAGUCCAGGAUUCCUAGACCAGGAAUCCGAUCACUUUACCCUGAAUGCCUAUCGAUCAGCAAACUCC